CAAUCGCACAUGUGGACUGUACUCUGUAGUGUGUAAUGUGUAAGUUUGUGAUUUUAACGUUUAGUACUUUGCUAUGUAAAUUGAAUUAUAAAAUAUUAUGAUCGUUUCUAUUCUAUUUAGCUUGUAUUUUGAACUUGACACAUUCAAUAGGUUCAACUGAACAAAAAAACUGUUGAAUUAAAGUUUAUCAUGGAAGAAUAUAAAACCACUUUGAAAACUGCUAUUGAAAACAAACAAUUCAUUGAUAAUAAAUUGUUUUCAAAACUAGCAGAAUACCUUGAAAAUAAUAAAAAAGCACAUAAAUAUGACAGUCUCUUACUAGAAUACCUCAAGGUUUUUCCACAACAAGUUGUUCGUCUUCCGUCAGACUUGUUUCUACAUCUUACAUCCAACAAAGACGAACCUUUACAUCCAUUGUAUUUGUUUGUAGCAGCAAGGCAUAAUUAUUUAAACCAACAGAUUUUUUAUAACUUGAAUUUAAAUUCUUUACCAACGGACAAAUGGGCUUAUCUUAUGUCAGCAUUUUAUCAAAGGCUUGAAAUGAUUAUGUAUGAUCCUACAUUUACAAAACGCGCUAAAGAAAAAAUUGAUACGUAUAGCAUGUUGAUCAACAGCCCAAACUGGUUUACUGACAACGAAGAGUUUUUUUUGGGACUACAUUUAAUUGAAUAUGACGAAGAAGAGUGCCAUGAAGUGUUUGAAAAAUUAAAAAAUAACUGGUCUGAUUUCAAGAUAAACAAAGCGUCGGUAUCGUUUGUAGAUUUAAUUGCUUCAAAAUGUGACAAGGAAAUAGAAUUCAUCCAGUUUUUGAUAUCUGCUCUUUUUUCUUUACCUCCCGACAGUACUGAUGUGGUUUGGCUGUCCGAUAAAAUUAUAAAAACCUUAAAAAUGUUGGAAGACAAUAGUUCCAUAUUUAUAAGUGAUUGGGAUGCUAUAACUAAAAAAGCUCUCAAGUGCUUAUUAGACGAAGAUGCAAAAUAUGAUUUUGUAAAAGUUUUAAGGAAAUUACUUGAUAAGACUUCAAUAGAUAAACUAAUAGCGUCUAAUACUUUAAGCUUACUUACUGGACAUUCACAGUUUUGUAAUGUCAUGCUCAAUCGUAGUGCCAACCAGUCUCAAAAAGAAGAAGUAUUGAAACUGUUAGAAGUAUUAGUAAACAAACAGCCAUCACUAAUGACUUUAAGUCAUGUGCCAUUUUUUCUCUGUUCAUAUAACGCAUCUUUAUCUGUGACUGACCAACUAUUGUUAAGAUUACUAUUUUCGUACGAAGAAAAUUCCAUACCUGUGUCAAACUAUAGACCUUAUUUAUGGGGAUCGUUUGCCGUGGAUCAUUAUCAAGUAAAAAAUCAUUUAGAAUCAAAAACGUUGUACGAUUUCCCAUCAACCACCGAAGUAAUUUCCUACGUACCUUACAAAAGAGUAAAAGAAACAAUAACAUAUUUCCCCAUUGAAAGAGUUUUACAUAUUAAAAAUCAAAAAAUUUUGCACUGUAAAAACACAAAAGAUCCUAGUAAUAUGUUGGAUCCUGCAUUUUUCUUGCCUAUGAUAAGUAGUCUAUUAGGUACAGAAGCUCCGUUGAGCAUAGAAAAGUUCACUAAGAACGGUUGUUUGUCUAUGGUGUUGGCUUGUUUAGGCAGUUGCGAUGAUGCUAUUCGCUUAGCUGCAUAUCAUGUGCUCACACGUUUGCGAUCUCAUUUAUUUUGUAGAAGAGCUGAAAAUUUGUUAUGGGAUCAUUUCAUUUCGUGGGCAGCCCAUGGAAUCCACGACUUGCAUUUGAAACCUCCUCCGCAGUUACCUAUGAUUCAAGCUCUGUUUUUGGCCAGGAUGGUUUUAGCAAUGGCCAACUAUGAAAAAUCUAUCGACGUGACAUGUUACAAAAUUCUAUUAGCUCGUCCGGCAGCACGGCUUAAUAACGUUCCAGAAAUGAAAACUUUCAUGAACGCUAUUUCUAUUGAAAACGAUAAGACACGACAUGUGCGAUGGAUAUUCAAAGUGAUAAGAGAUGGAACUCGAUCUAACGCGGAUUGGCAAAUAUUGAAAAAUAUGGAUUUACUCAAUAUGUUUUUAGUUACACUGAGCUGUGGCAGUUCAAAACCUAAGAUGUUGAUUAUGAAAAUAAUGGAAGCAGCAUUUCUUGUUCAGCCGGCAACAAAUGGAGGCACCGGUCCUUGGGCUUUGAGCUUGAUGAUGGCUAUAAGCAAACUACAAGUUAAAUUAUCGACUGAAGAAGUUAUUCAAAUGUUUUCAUGUUUAAACGCUUUGAGUGCAAGUUCCAGUAUUAGUACAGCUACAGUUGACUUUUUGUUGUUUAUGUUUUUGGAAUAUGGAAACGUCCUAGACGUAGCAGUGGCAGGCUUUGCCACCUUAGCCAAUAUUGCGUCAAAGUACAUGGAAUCAUUUCAGCUUUUGACCAAUCAAAACUUAUUGGAUGUUUUAGAUUGUGGGGAAAGUUCAACGGCUCUAACACCAGAUGAAAUUCAGAAAUGCCGUUGUGUUUUAGAGCAUGGAGUCAAUGGGAUACAAAUAGAUAACAAUGAAAAUACAUAUUUAUACCUACCCACUCUCCUUAAAUAUUUAAAAACGAGUUAACAAGUUAUAAUUAAUUUUUGUAUCUUAAU